ACUCAUCUCCACUGUUCUUGGUUUUUGAGGUGAGAGAGAGAGCCUAAAAAUUUUUUCACACCAUAUCUCACAGACCAUUUUCCAAAACCCUUAAAACACCUCGCUCUCUCCCUUUCUCGCUCGCUCUCUCUCACACUUGGCCCUGUAUUCUUCUCUCUACCCUCUCUGAUGGAAGACGACGACGAGUUUGGGGAUCUUUACACGGACGUCCUAAGACCUGUCUCAUCGUCAUCUGCUCCUCAAGAACUUCCCUCGUCAUCUGCAGUAGACUCCGCGAGCCGUCCGAUCGAUCCCAAACUCCACAGCGACGACGAAGAGAUCUUGUAUGGAGCUCCCAAUUCGAAUCUUUCCAGCUCGUCCAAGGUCCCCGAUCAAACCUUCGAUGUGGAGGCAGCGGCGGCGGCGGCGCCGGUGGUGGCUGCUGUGGGCGAGUCUGCCCAGAAUUUGGGCGCGGCGGAUAAGUUAGAAGAGAGAGAGGUCGGGAAGGAUGAGAUUUUGCCCGGGGUUUUGGGUAAUUGGGCUCUUGAUUCGCCUGGGAGAUCUGGGUCUAGGGUUUUGGAAAGUGGGGACGUGAAGGUAGAUGGGGCUCGUGAGGAUCGUGACCAGGGAGAUAAGUCUUGUCAAGCUGGAGAGAAAGAUGAAGGAGGUGAUGGAGGAGGUGGCUUUGUGGACAAAGGUGAAAAUUUAGUCGUAGAAGAGGGUGGUACUGGAAUCGAGGAUGUGGGUUCGGAGCCUGUUAUUCCGGGACUUUCGAUUGGCGGGGCUUCGGAAGGUGUGGAAAAUAGGACAAGUGCACAACUUCUGCCAGGGGAAGAUGUUGGUGGCGAGGGGGAUGAUUGGGACAGUGAUAGUGAGGAUGAUUUGCAGAUUGUUUUGAAUGAUAAUACUCAUGGGCCCAUGGCCAUGGACCGGGGUGCAGUUGGUAGUGAUGACGAGGAUGAAGAUGGUGAGCCAUUGGUGAUUGUUGCCGACGUUGAUCCGAAUCAUCAGACAAUAGAGGAGCAAGAGUGGACUGAGGAUGCAGCCCAGACGGCUGAUGGUGAGAAGAAGGAUAUGGGUGAGACAGGAAAAGUGAAUGGACCGAUGGUUGUUGCACCAAAAAUUGGGUAUAGCAAUCAUGGGUAUCAUCCAUUUCAUUCUCAGUUUAAGUAUGUCAGACCUGGUGCAGCGCCAAUGCCUGGGGCUACGACUGGUGGUCCUGGAGGAGCCUUGGGGCAAGUUCGUCCGCUAGUCAACAUGGGCCCCAUUGCUGGUCGGGGUAGAGGUGACUGGCGUCCAACAGGAAUUAAAACUGCUCCAUCCAUGCAGAAAAAUUAUCAUUCAAAUUUUGCGCCUUGGGGCAAUAAUAUGUUGGGGCGCGGAUUUGGCGUUGGCCUGGAGUUCACACUACCAUCUCACAAGACCAUAUUUGAUGUUGACAUUGAUGGUUUUGAGGAAAAACCAUGGAAGCUGCCUGCUGUUGAUAUAUCUGAUUUUUUUAACUUUGGUUUGAACGAGGACAGCUGGAAAGAUUACUCCAAACAGCUAGAGCAACUACGCCUGGAGGCUACCAUGCAAAGCAAAAUUCGAGUUUAUGAAAGUGGGCGAACAGAGCAGGAUUACGAUCCGGAUCUGCCCCCAGAACUAGCAGCUGCUGCUGGUAUUCAUGAUGUUACAGCUGAAAAUGCAAAUUCUGGAAAAACAGAUGCUGGACAAGGUGACCUGGCUAAAGGAUCUGCACGUGUGCGGCCACCAUUACCUACUGGAAGAGCAAUACAGGUAGAAGGUGGAUAUGGCGAACGUCUCCCCUCCAUUGAUACCCGACCACCACGAAUUCGUGAUUCUGAUGCAAUCAUUGAGAUUGUCUUGCAAGACUCUGUAGAUGAUGAUUCUUCCACAGGAAAUGGGGUCCUGGAACGACCAGACAAUGAUAAUCAGGGAGAGGAUUUCAGAGGUCUUGAAGAUGAUAAUGUGCGGGUGAAUACUGAAUAUUACGAUGAAUAUCCACACACUUACAACAAUAAGAAGGGGGAGCUGGCUGGAAGGAGGGCACCUAUCGCGAAUUCUGUUCGUGACAACAUACCUGAAAGGGAUGGAAUUUCAUCCUUACCUCCUGAUGCUCCUAGGCAACGUCAUCCUGGUUCCAGUGGGGACUUUGGCACCUCUAAUGAGGAGAAGCAGACAAAGGAAAGGACCCUCGAAGGAUCACCCCAAGUUUCUCCUAGUCAAAGCUCACAAGAUAAAACAUCUCCUGAUGAUAAUCAGAAUGAAGAAUCACUUGAAAGCAUUGAUGGUAAACAUAGCCCACCACUAUCAUCUCCUGUCACAGUCGGAGCUGCUGGGGAACAAAGCGAUGAACAUGAACAUAAAGUUGAUGAGCAUAGUGAGCAAAUUCUGGCUGAUGGAGGCUCUCAAGUGGAAAGGGGUGACACAAACAUGGAUAUAAUCAAUGCAGAUGGUACUGACAACGAUGAACAAUCACUUCAUUGUUCAAAGAAACAAAAAUUGAGUUCUCGAGUUGAGCAACCUGUACUUAUGGAAACAGAUGAUGUGGAGGACCUGAAAGGUACAAGAAGUACUGAAACCAGCAAAGCAAGAUCUGGAAGCAGUAAAGAUUAUCAGAAGUGCCGUGAUGGUACUGAGGAUGAAGUUGUACAAGACAGACACUCUACACGCAGUGGGAAUGUGAAGAGACACAUUGAUGAAGAUGAACCAAAUAUUCGGAGGCAUGAUCGGAAUGCAAAACUAGAGGUGGAAAGAAACCGUGCAGUUGUGAAAGGGAGGGAGGAAUCUUAUUCCAACACUGCCCAUCACUCAUCUAUUAAAAUUGAGGCUUUUGAUAGACGAAGGGAGAGGGAUAUAUCUGAUGGGGCUUGGCAAAGGAGAGAUGAGGAUCCACAUAGCAGAAGGAUUAGAGCUGAAGAUACACGGAAGCGAGAGCGUGGUGAUGAAAUGGGAUCUAGGCACAGGGGUAAGGGUCGAGAGAGUGAGAGAAGCGACAAAGAUGAACAUCUUCAUUUGAGAAAGCAGGUGGACAAUGGGAGUUGGAGGGGACACCGGGAUAAGGAAUUGGGAUCACGACAUAGGGAAAGAGAUGAUAAUUUGAAGAGUCGAUAUGAUAAUGUGGAUGAUCUCCACAGCAAGAGAAGAAAAGAUGAGGAAUAUCCAAGGAAGGACCAUGCUGACAAAGACGACAUCUUGUAUGGUUACAGAGAAAGUACUAGUCGUCGAAAGCGAGAAAGGGAUGAUGUUUUAGAGCAGCGGAAGAGAGAUGACCAACCAAGAAUGAGAGACAAUAUUGACGACCUCCAUUCUGUUAGGCAUAAAGAUGACAGCUGGUUGCAGAGAGAAAGGAGUGAGAGGCAGAGGGAAAGGGAGAGAGACGAGUGGCAUAGGCUCAAACAAUCCCAUGAAGAAAGCAUGUCAAAGCGGGAAAGAGAAGAAGGACGGGGAGCAACAAGGAGCGGGCGGGUAGCAGAAGAUAAAGCAUGGGUUAACCAUGCAAGGGUGAAGGAUGAGUAUAAUGGUUCUGAAAAAGACUACCAAAUGAAAGACAUAGGACGGCAUGGUGAGCAGCUUAAGAGAAGGGAUAGAAUUGAAGGUGAAAGUCUUUCACAGCACAGGGGACGUGAUGAUGCCUAUGCACGUGGAAGCCAAUACACUAAUGAAGAUAGGAGAUUGAGGCAGGAAAGGUCAAACACUCGCAGUGAUCGCAUGGAUAAUCAAAAGUUGCAGGAGAAAAAAUACAAGGACAAUACAAAAAAGAGCAGAGAUUAUUCUGAGGGUGGUGACCACAAUGCUGUGGUCCAUUCAAGGAGAAACCAAGAACACAGCAGCCACAUAAAUGAAAUGGUUAGCUUGAAAGGCAGUGAGCAAGGAAAUAAUGUUCAUGAGAUUCUGGUGCACCGUCACUCGUCCAGAAAACAAAGGGAAGAUGCUUCUUCAGAUGAUGAGCAGCAAGAUUCCAGGAGAGGGCGGUCAAAACUGGAAAGAUGGACAAGCCACAAGGAGAGAGAUUAUAGUAUCAACACCAAGUCAUCGUCUUCCUUGAAGCUUAAGGAGAUUGAUGGGAAUAAUAAUGGUGGGUCUUCCUUGGCCAGUAAACUUUCAGAUGAGUCUCUCAAGACAGCUGAAGCUGUUGAUAACCAACUUCCCUUGGCUGAAGAGAGAGAAACUGGUGAUUUGGAGAUGAAGGAUGCUGAUACAAAACCAAUGGAGGAUCGACACCUGGACACUGUGGAGAAGCUGAAAAAACGAAGUGAGCGGUUUAAGCUUCCCAUGCCUAGUGAGAAGGAGACCACAACAAUCAAAAAGAUGGAUAAUGAAGCACCACUACCUUCAGUACAAGGUGAGGCUCCUGUGGAUUCAGUGGUCAAGCCAGAACGCCCAGCUCGGAAACGAAGGUGGAUCAGUAACUAAAUGUGAAGCUGUCAAUGGAACCGUUGUUAUAUGGCUGAAUCGCUUCUACCAUGUCUGAGCAGCAGAUAUUUGCUUGGCCCACAUUCCUAUGAUGUUGAGUGGGAGUGGCCCUGCGACGCUUCAUAUUUAAAAUGGGUUCAAUUUGGUUCAAGGGAUGCAAUGUACCUCAGUAGUUAUAUAAUCUUGUAUCCUUGCUGCCACCAUGUACUAUUUAAUAUUGUCUGUACAUACUAGUCAAUGUAACAUUGAAUUGGUCAUUGAUGGUGGCCUAGAAUGCUUUUCACUUCCUAGCAGGAUUAUUUCUUGUAUUUCUCUUGAGGAUUGGACCAGCAUGGGGUGUCAUGAGGCUCAUGUGCAAAACGAGGGCAAUUCCUCUGUCGUGAAGGUUUGUGGUGCAGGAGCCGAGCAUACCGUGGCUUCAAAUUUUGGCAGCCAGGCAAGCCUUCCUGUUCAAAGACAAUCGAAAAGCAAACCAAAUAUGCCAGGUGCGGAAGGAAGAAGUUUAUGUUGUCUGGCGGAGACAAACAGCCUUGAGUUUAUUCAUCCAUGUGAUUAUUGGAUGAUCCGGGCAUUUAUCUGUAUUUUGUAUCCUGAUUAGUCUAUCAAUUUUUCCCUCUUUUUUUUUUUUUCUUUUUCCUUCAAUUUUUAGUUUUAAGUUUAUCUGGCUUCAAGCCAUAGGCAUGAUAUGUUGAAACUUCCUCUUGCUGGGGAAGACACAGUUUCACAAGCAAUCAAAGAAGAAGCACUAUAGUUGAA